GCUAAAGCAGACUUGGCAACAGGAUUGAUCGUAUGGGUCCCUUUGUUUGGGAUGGCGUUAUGGAUGGUUUUGGAUGAUAAGGAAUGAUAGGUUUAGUGUCACAUGUAAAUCUGAUGGAUGCUCUUAUCCAUCCUCAUCGUCAAAUCAACAGCCUAAACUACUUUUCUAUAAGUCGACCGAGUAGCUCGCUCAAUGAUUCUUCCGAGUCGGAUGCAAUAAUUGAAGAUACUCCAGACUCUCCAGUAGAAACCACCGACUACUCGAGCAAAGCCCCUGAUAUUGGUCAAACAGUGACAAUAGGUCACGACGGUUCUGAGAUAUCUGUAUGCGACACGCAGAGAUUGAACAAACGAGUUUGUUUCUCAUAUCAAGAUAGUGAAUCUGACCCUGACGAAUAUCCUUUUCAUGCUGUAACUUACGGUGAGUCGGAAGGUUGUUGGGGACUUCCUUAUAACGAUCACAAUUAUGCAUCCUACGAACCAAAUCCAGAUCAUAAUAGAUCUGUUGAACCCGAUGAUCGUUUGUCUCUUUUAGCAAAGUUAGCAUUAGCAAAGGAUGAGAAUCCACAGGAUUCAGGAGAAAAGACGUCCAGGACACUCCAGUCUACACUGCAAACCAACUGGAUUCUUGAAGAAAGUUCCACGGUCUCAACAACUAAGUCUGUGGGUUUGGUUGAACUAAACACGUGUUCAUCAACUAGACGUUCUGUCGUGUGCAACUCAGAACUAAAUUCUCCCAGUAACGGACAAUCUCUGGUCACAACGACAAGUCAUGUUUCUUCCUUGCCUAGUCGAACAAUAUUGAUCUCAACUACCGGUGGGAAUGUAAAUCCUCCCCUACAGAUUCAUCGAGUUAGUUCAUCCCUCACACCACAUGUUAUCUUACGGACUGGUUUGCCUGGUCUUCAAAUUUCUACAACUGCUUCACGUCAAGUUUCUACUGAUGGUAUGGAUUCGGUUCGUUGCGUUUGUGGAAACACGAAUUUGGAUGGCUACCUCGUUCAGUGUAAUCAGUGCAGAAUUUGGCAUCACAGUGAGUGUAUUUCAUCUGCUGGUAAAAACCACUUGUCAACAUUAUAUGUUUGCGAAAUAUGCCAGACACAGUCAAAAGCUGUUGCUACUCAGCGACCUCAUUUGACUGCAUUUAACAGUGUUGGAUCAACCACAACUCCUAACAUCCGGAUUUCUCGUGCUCCUUUAGGGACAAAUACAUCUUCAGGACGUGUUUUCUUAACAAAUACGCUCGGAGGUGUGACUCAUCGACAAGUUCACGUUUGCAUCCCAGCAAGCCAAGGGAUGUCUGGUGUUCAGUGUGAAAAUGGCUCUGUUGUAGCCCGCCCUCCAAACUAUGGUCCAUGUGGACGAUCUGUAAGAAGCUCUAAAAGAAAACAAGAUCUGCUAACACUCACUGGUGGAUCAUCCUCUGCAAACGCAGGCAUUGAGGGCUUUUCAAGCUCACCUCCGGUUUUGGAUGACUAUGAUGACUUGUCAAACAUGCGAACAUCUUAUAACACUGAUUUAAAGGGCUGCUUCGUGGAGGGUCCAUUAAACGUAUGCCAAACACAAGGAAGUAAUCCAAUCCCUGUGUCCGAUAAAGUGCAAAUUCGUCAUAGCAGCAUUGUACAUCGUUUAAUUACAGAUUGCCCAAAUAAUAAGGUACAAAAUACAUUUACCCAGGUAAAUGAAGUGUGCCAUACCUCCCCUCCUUGUCCAGCAUCUGACUCUGUACUAUCUCCUCCAUCAGAUAUUUAUGAAGAAGCCCAAACUCUACAUCUUUCAAGUCGUGUUUGCAAAAAACUCAGUUUAUUGUUUCCUCUGUUUACUGGCAUGGGAGCAGAUUGUGGCGAAAUAGAUGGUAUUCUUAACGAAGAAAUUCCCUCUAAUCUUGAGCGUUUAUUCCGUUAUCAGGUUGUUAGUUUCGACUUUAACCGCAGGGGCCUAAUAGCAAAUGAAGACAUUUGUCCUCGUACGCCGAUUAUUGAGUACCGUGGUAAUUGUUUGUUACUCAGUGAAUACAACGAUAUGUACGACUAUCGUAAACAUUACAAUCCGUUUGUACUGUUUUACAAAUCCUUGCCGAAGUUACCUCUCUGUGUUGAUGCUCGCAAGUAUGGCAAUGAAGCGCGCUUUAUCCGUCGGUCAUGUACGCCUAACUCUGAGGUCCGCCACUGCAUUUCCUUUUCAAAUGAUCAACAUAAUGAACCCGUUCCUCAUCUUCGUCUCGUCGUCGUCGCAUCACGGGUUAUUCCAAAGUCAUCCGAGAUAACUCUACCUUUUGAUUUUGACUAUACAGCCUGUCGAUAUCUUGUUAAGUGUGCAUGCAUUCUUAAAGGCUGUCCGAUUACCCGUUGGUUCCAAAGAAUGAAUCAGUUGAACAACCCUUUGCGAAGUUCGACUCGCCAUUCGUUGGUGUGCACUCGCAAAUUACCACAUUCACCCCGCUCAUACGGGGUCAACGGUCAUUCUCGAGGUCUUAGUCUGUUGCAAAACUCCCAGUCCCAUUACGAUGACAAGGAUCCUUCCGAUGAACAGUCAGUUUUGUGUCCUAAAUCUCCCGUAAAUACAACUGUGAGAAACUUCUCCAUUAGUCGAACAGGCCGUUACCUUCCAAGUCCUAUUUCGAAUGAGCGAACUUCAGGAUCACAUCAAGCAGGAUCUAACCGAACUACUCGUGGUUACUUAAAUAAAUCAGGCAUUUCAUGUGGAGUUCGUAAAGCUGUUCAUCGAAGAGGUCGUGGACGGGGGCGAUUAAGAAGUUCUAGUUCUCUUGGAGUGCGUAACAAACGUGGAACAGAGCGACUAUCUUCCAGAAUGGUGUACCUUAGGAAGUCCAAUUCUAAAUCCUUGACAACUGCAAGAAAACGUCGUUCACAACGUAAUUCCUGUUCUCACAGUGGUCAAUAUCCAGUGUCAUCACCUAAUGAUAGUAUUGUAAAUGUAGAUAAGAAAAGAGAUUCGCAUAACUUUCCUAGUAGAAGUGGUUUCUCUUGCGAAAUAGAAUGUUUAGAUAGAUUACGAUCGGUUCCUGUUAAAGCAAGUGACUCUCCACAAAAGUCAUCCAACAGAGAAAAUCAAGGAGAAGUCACUGAUAACACGGAUAUCGACUGUAAGUCGAAUAAUGAGUUAUUGGGAGAGGAUUUAGAUGCUGACACUGAACCUGAAUAUGAAGUACAACCAGAAAAGUUAACAGAUAGAUCAGUAUGUCGAAAAUAUAUACAGUCUAACUCCCGUCAGGACCGUCUUAAUUCUAAAGGAACAAAAGAGUCUUAUACCUCAAAUAAUUCUCCUAGAUCACCUGAUUUGGACCGUGUAAAAGCUGAAAUACAUGAAAGUCAUAUUUCUAAGCGCAAAUCUGCUGAUUCAUCAUCACUUGUUGACCGUGGAAAACGGCGUUCACAGAUGAGCACCUUCGAUGAUCAUGUUUCUAAAUCGCGCAAAAGAAGUACUUCACUUGAAGAAAAAGAAGACAAGAAAUCAAAGGAAGAUGUAUGGAUGGCUGAAGUGUUACGUCGCAUAGAGCGUAUGGAAAAAAAACGAUUAAAGCAACGCGUGUCUUCUAUCAGUUUGAAAAAUAGUCAAAACACUGAUUGCACUAGAAAUGACUCAAACCAGUUUUCUCCCCCUGAAAAAUCUCCUGAACCUGACUUAGUAUCAGACAAUAACGAUGUUAAGUCAACAGAUGGUGCAAUGGAGACUGGAGGAAGUUUCGAUAUUAACUCAAAAGCAUUAGAAUGUGAUAAAGAUAUUAAAAAUGUUAUCACUCAUGAGACCCACUCUAAUCAUGUAGAACCUCCAAACAUUUUUGAAAAGCCUGAGUUGUUUGAUUGUGAAUCAAAUCAUUGUUCUGGUUUAUCACAAAAUAUCAAACAAAAUAGAAGUAUAUCUCCACCCAAGGCUUGCAAUCAAGAUAUUUCAGAAGAAAGCGAUACACGUUUUCAAAGAAAGCAGUUAAAACAAUUCACUGGGUCCAAGUUUAAGUACCAGAAACGCUGUUCUGUCAGUCACAAACAGAGACGCCGGCGUUCCCAAGCAGCUAUGUUAUCUGAUAGCCUGUCAUCCGUUGAUCAAGGUGGUUCACGUGAAGAUCGUUGGCUUCAAAUGCAACUUCGACGUAUCGCUGAAUUAAAUGAUCAUCAGGAAGUAUCACAACUCACUUCAUCAGACAUGGAGAAUAUGUCUGAUAAAAGUCAUUUGUCAUCGGGUAAUCAUAUUAAAGAUGGAUCAAAUAUGAGAAUUACACUUUUUGAAGCUUUGGGUGUUAAAAGUGAAUCAUCAAAAAAUGAUCGUAACCCAAAUAGUUGUCUUCAGCAUUUAUCACCCAGUUUGUCUAAAUUCAGUAUCGCCUCUGGUUGUGAUACGACAGUUUUUACGAGUGGUAAUGAAUCAUCUAAUCAGAUCAAUAGUAAUCAACAAGCUCUCGAUUCUGAAGCUGAUUGUGGUUUUAUAGUUUAUAGAACUCGAGAAAAAGAUCCAAUGGCUAAAUUUAGCAGGACUCGUUCACUUGAUAUGCAUUCUUUGUUUUCAACAAUUCAUGAUGAAAUAUCUGGGAAAACAGUGACUGACACUCGACAAGAUGUUUAUACAUCUGUUGACGAUAUGUCAACAUCUUGUUUGACACAACCAUUUCUGCACCAAACUCCUAGACCUACAAAGAAACGGUGGUUAUCUCGGGCUCUAAUGGAGGAAGAUGUAGAAUUAUCUAACAAUAAUUUUUCAAACUGUUCUCACUCAAUUAAUCAUUCACUGUCCACUAAAUCAGAUUCCUCUUUAGUCAUACAAAAUCCAUGUGCUACGCCAGUUAAUCCGAAAAAGAGGAUUAUCUCCCGACUUUCCGGGAUCUCUGAAGACUUACCUAUUUGUACGUAUUUCGAAAGCGAUGAUAAUCUCAAGAAAGAAAGUGUCACAAUUUUGUCUGAUCGUUUAGUGAGCAAUCCAGAUGAUGAACAGGUGGUUUGCAAUCCAGAAUCUAAAGCUACUUCAGAAUCACAAGAAGAUCCUGAGUUUUGCGAUGGUCUAUCAACUCAUCUGGCUCCUGUAAGUUUCUUUUUUGAAGCUCGUUACGUAGAAUAAGGAAAAUUGUUACACCAUUUAUUUUUUAAAAUUUUAUUUGAACACAUAAAUAUUGGUACAAAGGGACAUCGAAUACAUAUGCGCCACACAAGUCACUUGAUUAGUGUGUGGGCUGUUAUACUGUCCGGAUGCCCAGACCGACGCAGGUGGUUUUGUUAGGAGGCCACGUCUGGAGCCUUCGACCUAAAGGUCUGAUCCACAAGGCAGUGGAGCAACGUCAGGAGAUGCAGUCCCAUGGUAGUCGGUGACCAAUAGUUGGUUAAUACGCCAUUUGUUCCUUCAAAAUACCUGGAGCCCAUGUGCACCAUUGGUUUGGAAUCAGGAUUUUCCAACUUUCCUAGGUGAACCCUCUGUGUCGACCGACUAGGUCAAAGCGCCGGACAUCCGCCUUUCGUUCUCUCAAUUUCAUAAACUACACCCCCACCACGAGAAGGCAGUGAGUAGGACUUCGCUGGCAGUGGUUGUGUAUGUGUGGCCAUGUGAGGGCAUUUCGAGAGGGAGAGGUGAUUCUUCCCACCCUCGCCCGUACCAGGGCAUACACUUAUAUUAAUAUUCUGUAUUUUAAGUCUGUCUUUUAGUUUUUUCAGGUGCUAACAGUUUGUCCAAGGCAUAUAACCAUUGGUAAAAUAAUGUAUACUUGAUUAACCUCUACUUUGAAGGUCUACGAGUAAUCGGUCUACGCAUGUAUUUAUUUGUUUCUGGAUUUAAAGAAUGUGAAACCUAACAUGUAUGCAUUUUUCUUCUUAUUACUUAACGUACAUUACAACAUACGUUUUAACAACUUAUGAUGAAAAUUUACUCCAUUGUCCCAGUGCUGAAAAUUCAUCUAUAUCUUAGUCAAAAAACAGUAGAUAUAUUUUAUAUAGUUAGUACCUGUGAUAUGUCAUGUCAACACAGUUCUCUAUGAAUUAAAAAGACAGUAGUAGUAACAUACUUGCUAAAUUUGUUACGGAAACAAAAUUUAAAGAUAAAAAGUAUCGCGUGUCGGUUCGUAAAAGCAGUAGUUGUGAGUAUUUUUAUCAAAUCUCAGUCAUAGAAUAAUGAUUUUUUUCAUUGUGACCGGUGAACAUCAAAGCAAAAUCUGAAGAAUUCUACUUCGUUUAUGUUCAGUUGAUUAGAUUUUUAAUGCAUUUCUCUUACUUGGUAGCUUCCUCCGAAGAAAGCUACAGUGAAGCAACAAGCUGAAGAGUUGCGAUUGCAAGAGAUACGUAAAGUUCGUGUUUCCCUCUCUGAAUAUCGUCGACGUCGUGGUCUACCAGCCCUCACACCCGCUACGGAACGAAACCAUAAGCAGACGAAAGAGCCGCUAGAUCAAUCAAAGGGUAAUAUUGAUAAUUUAGAAAUUAUAAUCCCACCAGCUCUGAUUAGUCCUGACCAACUUCUAAUAACGCUCCCAAAUCUUCACAAUGAGUCAAGGCCAUCCUCUGAUGUAAGAAGUUCUGAUGGGUUACUGCAAAAAAUUACAACAUUGAACAUGAAACCUGAGGUUCUUCAUGAUUACAAUCAACCCCUAUCACCUUACACAAAUACACCAAAAAGAUGUGAAUUCGAUAGCGAACGUGAUUUUGUUGAUGCAAAAGUAAGUGAACGUGGACCUCGAACACCAAGCGAGCCACCAGAUGAUGACGAUGAUGAAGAUAUCGGGGUCGAUUCUAUAAAUCCCGUUAGUAGAGGUGCUCUUAGUAGUUCUCCUGAACCGUUCAUAAGAUUUCCUGGUAAAGUGCUUUCUUCUCACAGCUCACCAACAUCUACAUUCUCGGACUCUCGUAUAGCCUCAGAAAAGCUACCUUUCAGGAACAGUUCACCUCCAGAUGUGAAUUCUAGCAAAUUUUCUGAUUCGUGCUUCCGGGCUAACAUGUUUGCUUCUUCGAAACCAAUUAAUCGUGAAAAUCUUUUACAUGACAUCGAUCAUGCUAAGGAGUACGAUCAAGUGAGUUGACAGUUUUUGAGUUUAAUUGGUUCCUGUUUUCAAGUAAAAGUAGGUUAUGCAGUAUGAAGACAAAGAACUGUGAUGUAAUAAUGCAAUACGUUUUGAACAGUUUGAAUACGUAUUAUCUUGUUAAGGUAUAUACGAUUUAGAAGCACAGAUCAACUAGAUAAACUUCAUAUUCUUAUUACUUUAUCUAGUUUUAUUAAAACGACUAAUUAUUUAGCAUUAAUCUAUAUUUAAUGGAGUAAUUCAAUUGACAAUUAAAUGACUAUGAGGUCUUGUUAGUUAGUACACAGAAGGAUGAAUCAUAUCUUUUAUUUUUACUAUGAAAUAAUUUUAAAAACUAACUAGCUUUCCAACCAUUUCGUUGUUUUGUAAAUUAUACAAUAUUUAACUGAUUUAAAGACUUUUCACAUAUAAAACUCAUUAAUUACUUUAAUUUUGUUGUUGUAGUGAUUAUGUGUUACUUUAGUUGUUUUGACAUUAAUUUAGGAUUUUCAGCGUAUCGAACCCUAGUUAUCUUCCAUUGAAUCUUUUAAAAUUUGUGGUAUGUUUUUGUAUUUGUAGGAUCGUAUUGGGUCCGAAGUUGUAGAUCACAAGCCUUCAGUUAAUAUACCAGUUUCUACUAAACAAGUACAGUUUGAUAAACUGACUCAUUACUAUAAGAAGACAUUUAACUUAGAUGAUUCUCAACAUCUGUAUGGUUUGGUGAUUUCCACAGGGACUCCACCACCCCCACCUCCUCCUCCUAUUCCUUCAUUCUCCGGACAUCCAGCGUCUUCAAACAGUCCGGUUGCUCCGUCGUAUGAUAUCGAGAAGAAUCCAGAAGAUAAUCCAACUCAUCUAUCUGGGUUAUUGGAAUACUUCAUACAACGCGAUAACGAGAUACGUGUGUGGCAAGAAACGCGAUCUUAUGAACGAGAAAAACGUAACACUUCUCCAUGGCAUCACCGGGUUUCCAGUCAGCCUUACUUAAAUACAAAGAAGUUUUGCACAAUCUCUAAACAUCCCUCAAAGUAUUAUAAAAAUAAUGAAGGCUUUUUCUUUUAUCCUGAUGUCGUUACUGGUCAUUUCGACAAUGUCGAACAAACCCUACUGCGCAUCAGAGAUAGUUUGCAAGCUCAAUUAGAUCUAACUAAAGUGGGUUGUGCUUCACAAAAAAUGAACACAAACAACGAUCGUUCAUCAACAAACAAUAACGGGGCUGUAUGUUGAUCUUAAUAUGAAGCAGAUUAUCCAACUCUUUGAUACUACAAUGUAUACAUAAACACGGAUUACUUACAAUCUUUUCUGACAUUAAAUCCAAUCAUUUUCAGUUUAUGAUGAUUUUUUUGUGACCUGGGUUUUCAUAUUAUCUUAUUCCCGUUCAAUAAUCUCAGAGUUCUCUAUCCCCAAACCCAGUUUAUCUAAGCAUUUUUGUACAGAUUCUUAUUUUGAUACAUUAAGUUUAUCUAAACCAAUGUCAUAUUUUUCAUCUUAAGUUAACAUUUUAAAUUUUGUAAAUAACCUACGAACAUACUAUGUUAUGGUUAUCAAGCCUUCCACAGAGAAUUCACUUAAAUUGUUAUUGAAUCGUGUAUGUAUCUUGCUUGUGUAUCUUCUAUUCUUUUAUCAACAUACCUCAUCAUUUUGGUGCUCCAGUAGAUUGCCGGUUUUCAAAUGUACAAUAAUAUCCGGUAAUCAGUUUUUAUUGGACAACAGUCCAGUUAACUUUUUAGCUGUACAACGAAUUAUUUCCUAAUUAUAUAUUAAAGUAUAUUCAUAUAAACGCCAAUCCUGUAUUGGCGUGAACUGCUGUUCAACAUUUUAAUAAAUCAGUCAUCUCAUAUUCAUUACUAUAUUUAAUUUCUUUAACCCUAUGCAUUUCAUAUUGAUAUCAAUAUUCCAAAACUAUUGAUCCCGGUCGUUUUGUCAUCACAUGUAAAAUUACUGCAGGCAGUUUCAGUAUGCCUAAACGACUUUGUUUCAAAUUGAAAUCUUGUAAAUCUUUGACUUUUUCAUAUGAAUAUUUUAAUCAUUUUACUCUGAUUUGCGUUCGUUUAAAUGAACAUUUAUCUUGUGUAUGUUGUAUAAAUGAAGUAUUAUUUGUUUAUUGUGCAAGUAAUGAAUGUUGUACAUCUGUUUGAUCGUAUUUCCUGCCUUCGCCCGUAAUUUGGUUCGUCAUUGUUUCUUUUGAUUUCAUAUGUCAAGGCAGCGGCUUCUUGUUCUUAUUUCCUCUCAUUUGUUCAUGCUGAUAUAUUUCUUCACAUAUAUAGGAACUGCUUGAUCUAAUAAAAUGCCGAUAAUAUACAUGUA